AUCUUGAAGAUCUACUCUCCGGUUUCCCUAAUUAAUUCCAAGGCUUAUUAUAAUACUUACCAUAAACAACAUCUGCUAUACUUUUCUCAUUGAAAGAUUUCUUUCUCCUCCCUUUUAUAAGAAAGAAUCAUGUCACCACCUGUGGAUCGUCGUCACUCGGACGCUGCUCCAUCGACCUCACCCAUGGAACAGCCCCAGUACCGCGUUCACAAACACCACCGUCGAGCCUCGUCUACCGGCGGGGUAGAGCAUGGACCGAGGACGAGGAAGCCUAUCUCUUGCAGACCCGAAUGCAGAAAAUGCCUUACAAGCACAUUGCUGCACAUCUGAAAAAGACCGAGCUCGCCUGCCGUUUGCAUUACCACCAAAUGUCCUACGGCAGUAAUGGACGGAGGCGUGCCGAUUCUAUUUCGUCUACUACAUCCUUCAACUCGGUUGCAACCACACGAGAGUUGCCGGACAACUCCCACUACACUCAGCUGUCACCGGUCUCCUCUCCUCCCCGUACCCCAGAGCUCAGCUCACAAAGGUUAAACUCGGGUGAUACCACAUCUAUGUGUCAACUACGGGCUCCUGUUCCAAUUCUACCCAAGCCGGACACACAUCAAAUCACUCUGCCACGCCUUGAUACAUCAUUCACGCCAUCUAAGCCCCCAAGUACCUUCAACAUAGAAAACUCGAUGUGUUUCGACUACUCUCGUGUACGAGCACUAUACGACGCUCAUCGGGAAUCAUUCUGGGCCAUGAUCGCUGCCGAAUACUCACAUGAAUACUGCAUUUCUGGCAAUGCGAUAGAACAGGCUUUUUUCAGAAGCAUCUCGCUAGGCCUCGUUCGUUCCCAAUCUCCUCCAACCCCAAGGCCAAGCCCUGGAGCAUCACCAGAGCCGCAUUCUCGCAGCUACUCUGAAUCAAGCCCGAUGAAUUUCAGCUAUGGAUUCCAAGCCGUCAAUAAGAGCACAUCAACACCUUCUCAUAGUCAGUACGAAAGGACACCGAGCUCGGCCGACCGGUGCUCUGUUUCUGCGCUGUUGACUGUAGAGAAGGAAGUCAGACCGUCUAAGGGCGUCGACUGUUCGCUUUAGUGGUACCAUGACCAAUCAAUGGAUUAUGUCUGAUGUUUUUCUUUCCUUCAAUGAUGCCUAAAGCGUUUAUUUUAACACUCGACUUCUGAACAUGAUGUCAUGGGUCUAUAAUGUGGCGCUUGUGGAGGUUACUUAGAGUAUUGGUUGUUAAUUAUAUCUAUGCACAAUUUCUUGUUUUCUUAUACAAAGCAGCCCUACCUGGGUCCUUUUCAAUGUUAAUUCUAGAUAAUGGUUCACUUGGUAGAUAAAUUUUUUCUACGAGUAUGGUACUGCUUAGGUUCUCAAUCACGUCAUUUUAGUUACUCGGUUAUCAGUUGAUGAUUACGCAUUAUACCUGUUGGGCCCAAGUACUAUGUAGGGAAUUCUAAGCCCUAGUUUAUAAUAGC